UACAAAUAGUUUUGAUAAGAACAUUACCUCGAAAUAGUUUACGAUACAAUGGAAUAUUUUCAUAACAAUUUAUCCAACUUACAACGACCCGAAGCAAGAGUAUCGACUAACCAAGAAGUGAGGCUUCUCGGUUGGAAUGUGCCACCGGAAGAUCUUAAGCAAAUUCCAGAACAUUGGUUGAAUUUUCAAGAGCCAGAAGCUAGUUUGCAUUAUCUUUUAGCUCUCCUUUACAUCGGAUUUACGUUUCUCUCUUUAACGGGAAAUGGGCUUGUCAUUUGGGUGUUCACAGCUGCAAAGUCACUUCGAACGCCAUCAAAUGUUUUUAUUGUCAAUCUCGCAAUCUGUGACUUCGUUAUGAUGGUCAAGACACCAAUUUUCAUCUACAACUCAUUUAAUCGCGGAUUUGCUUUGGGAAUUUUGGGUUGUAAAAUUUUCGGUGUUCUUGGAACUCUUAGUGGAAUAGGAGCGGGAUUGACAAACGCCUUCAUAGCAUACGACAGAUAUAAUACAAUUGCGAGACCAAUGGAUGGAAAACUCUCAAUGACAAAAGCACUCUUGAUGGUGUUUAUCAUAUGGUUCUAUACUGUUCCAUGGGCAGUUGUUCCAACAUUAGAACUUUGGGGACGUUAUGUACCUGAAGGCUACUUAACAUCAUGCACUUUUGACUAUUUGACUGACACUUUUGAUAAUCGGAUGUUUUCAGAUUGUAUCACAUGUCGUCAAUCACGAAAAAGCUUUGAAAGCACAAGCAAAAAAAUGAAUGUUGACAGUUUGAGAUCAAAUCAGGAUACAGGAAAAACAUCGGUAGAAGUUCGUAUUGCGAAGGCGUGCAUAACAGUUUGCUUUUUAUUUGUUGCUUCUUGGACGCCAUACGCAGUUCUCGCACUCAUUGGGGCGUUUGGAGACAAAAGUUUGUUAACUCCUGGCGUCACAAUGAUUCCUGCUUGUACAUGCAAAUUUGUUGCGUGUCUCGAUCCCUAUGUUUAUGCUAUCAGCCAUCCCAGAUAUCGACUCGAGCUUCAAAGUCGAUUGCCAUGGUUGGCAAUCAAUGAAAAGCCACUUGACAAUGUAUCAAACGCAACUGAAGUAUCAUCUCCACCCCAAAUCAACGCAACUAAGAUAAAUUUAGCGUGGUCACCAAUUCAAGUGGAUUCUGAAAGUCAAGUGGAUCUAUGGACAAGAAAGUCUGUAGGUUGCGCAUGUUCAUGGAAGGAUAAUGAACAUGAUCACGCAAAAGACAAACAUGAAACAUCUGAUAAAAAUUUAACGACACACAAUGGUCAUCAUAAACAGCAUAAUGGACAUCAAUUAAACUGUGCAUGCUGUGUAAAAGGUGGAUGUCAGUGUGGUGAACAAGCGCCCAAUCGCUGUUCCCAAUGUGGUUUAGAAAAUCAUUGUUUAAACAUGUGUAAUGUGACCUUAGAUUCUAAGUUAUUACAAGGUAGUUCGGGUCAAGCAUUGGGACAAAUACGCUCGCCGAUACUUCAAGGACCAGCAUUUUGUUAUUACAUUUUACGGCCCGCUCCAGGUCAACGAGUUGAACUGCAAGUUUAUAGACUUGUGUCGGUGGGAAAAUUCAAUGGAAAAAAAUGUGAAGGAGGGCACUUGAGGUUUGGAGGACUUGACGAGAGAGAUGAUUUUAAUGGAGCAGAACUUUGCGGAGUAAAUGAACGUUAUGCGCCUCCGGCAGUUUUAUUUUCCGACGAAGGAAUUACGACGCUGUUAUUCAGAAUAUCUGAGAAGACAUUUCGAUCGCAAUUUUUAGCUUACUUCAGUUUCACAUCGCUAUCUAAUCCAAUUGUUGGAUUUCAUCCGAAAGGAGUUUUUCUUCGUUUUUUUCCUGUGUCUGCUUUCGGUUUAACAUCAGGCCAAAAAAUAACUUCAACAGAUUGCGAUUGGUCUUACAAUGACUAUUCGUGCCGAACACCUUCUUCAUGUGCAAUAGCAAGCCCAGGAUUUCCAGGGAUAUAUCCUCCAAAUUUAAUAUGUAGAUAUCAUAUAACAACAUCAUCUGUACAUACGAAGGUUAAAAUUGUAUUCAAUUCCCUGUUACUUCCAGAAGAACAUUGCGGUACACAUUUUAUUGCUUUAUAUGAAGGUCUUGCUCCAAGUUCUGAACGACUCGCUACAGUUUGCGGUCAGGAUAAGCGAGAGGAAUUAAUUUUCUCAGGUCCCAAUUUACUGUUAGAAUUCAACUCCGGCCAUCAAAUUCCGCCAUUUGAUUAUAAUGGCUUCUCAGCGACAUUAACGUUCAUCGAAGGAUUGACAACGACACCACAGCCACAAACGCCAUCAUAUGAUUUGGAUUCGAAUCAUCAUGAACCUCCACAUGAUUUAGCAACACCACCACCAAAGUUUACUCCAUGUGAUCAAGUGAUAACUGAACAAUACGGUGGACGUUCCGGCCACUUCGAUUCAAGAACAAGAUCAUAUGCCAACAGCUGCCGACUCAUUUUCAAAGGGAAAACAAAUGAAGUUGUUCAUCUUUCGCUUUUCAAUUAUCGACUCAAAUCUCCGUCAUGUCGAAGUGUUAUUGAAAUAAUUGACGUCAAUCCGCACGGUCAUAAGAAGUCGCUGUUCAAAGUGUGCUCGCCAACAGCACGUAAAGCAAGAAAUGAACAAGGCACUUUCAUUCAGCCUCAAACUUUUAUAUCAACCGGUAGUCAAAUAAUUAUUGUUCUGCGACGUGCUGGGCCACCACAUGACUUGAAUGAUAUUGAAUUCAUUGACGGAGCUUUUAUGUUUCAAAAUGAAGAACAGAGUGGAACUUUACAGCCGUAUUCACUUUGUGACACGUAUCAUUACGGAUUAUCAUCGCCUGAGUUCGGCUCGAUUGAAGGUCCAGGAACUGAACAUCUCUUUUGGAAUGUCGAAGGAAGUUUAAACUGUUCUCAUUAUUUCAUUCCGGCUGCAAAUCAAAGCGUGACUGUAAUGAUUGAUAUGCUUGAUAGACUUGGAACUGAUGCCGAGUGCCAAACGGUUUGUGGUGAUAGUGGAUGUCAAUGUUUGACUGGUUUAAAUUCCAUUGAAAAUAUCGAUCACUUAAUGAUGAUGACUGAAGAUAAUCAGCAACUUAAUUGUAUUUGCGGAUCAUUUCGAUCUGAAUGGCUUCCAGUUGGUUUAAGAAGCUGGAGUCCAAUCAAACUUGUUAUUUCGAAUCAGAGCAGAAGUUGCACAGCAUGGAACAUUAGUCUCCAUGAGUAUUCGCCUGUCGAGGAUGAGAAAAUGCAUGCGGGCGAUUUAUUGCAUCAAUUUUGUCCUCGAGAUAAAUUUAAACAAUUCACUCUUCCUUGGAACGUUAAAACAAUCGUCAUGAAAGUUCAAGCGAUGACAAGAACUGCGCCACUGUACACCAUCAAAUGGAAGUCACAAGUGGUAAGACAAAAGAUACAAAGUUUAACUCCAGCUCCAAAUGUUGUUUCAUCGUCGUCACAAAACUUCUUAUUGUCAAUCAUUCUCUACCCUUUAGUUUUAAGCAUUUUUUAUCUCAACUUUAAUAGAAAAUUCUAUGUAAGUUUUUAAGUCUAGAUCGUGAGAAAAAUCUUUGAUCACCAAAAAAAAUACAAAAAGUUUAUACUUCUAUAUACAUAUAUGUAGUUGAGAAAACAAAAACAAAAACUUUGUAAACCAAAACAUUUGCUAAAAGAUUCUUUUUCCUCUGUUGCUUAUGGAAAACAAAUUCCAUUGGCUUCAAUUUUUUUUCUAUUAACUUCUACGAGAAUAAAACAAGCAAGAGAAACGAAGGUGUUUUAAAAGUAUAAAAAAGCUUCUGUUUCGACUACAUUGGAAGGUUCUAUGAAGAACAGAAAAAAUAAAAAUCCCAAACCUUCGACAACCCUCAAUUCAUCACCCAAGAAAACACUUUAAAAAUUUCUUCCGAACUUUUAAGUAAUUUUCUUUGCAGGCUCUUUACAUAAUAAUAAUAAUAAUAAUUUUUCUACAGAAUAAAAGUGAAAUUUCUUAUGUAACAAUAAGUAAGAGCUUAUGACAGCCCUGUUAAGUAAAACAACAUAAUGAAGUCAGGGAAAAACGUAGAUAUUUUAAACCAAUCAACUUUGAUUAAAAUUUCAUCCAAUUAAUAUUGAUUUUUUCAAUCACAUCACAGACAUCACAGUGACAAAUCGGCUUAAAUUGAAAAUAUUUAAAACACCAUACAGAAUGAGAAAAAUAAAAUAAAAUUGAGGGCUUUGUAAGUUGAUGGUAGGAGAUUAAAUAGUCGUAGAACCAAGGCCUUGAGGAAUUAUCUAUAAUUUCAUGCACACCAUCAUUUAAAUGCUUAACAAGUUCACAAUAAAACAAAAAGGAAACUACUUACAAUGAAUACGAAAACAAUGACGAAUAAAUACGUGAAGUUCCGUUAGCGCCUUUGUGCUGUCAGAAAUGUUAUUUGUGUUGUUAGUUGAAAACUAAUUCCACAAAAAAAAGAAAUCCAUAACUAAACAUGAAAAACAAAACGUCCAUUAAUAAUAAUUGAUUUUGAAAUUGAACAGAAGAACCUUUAAAAUAUUGUUUUGAAAUGAAAUUGUAGACUUUAUGGAUUAAUGAGAAUAUGAGCGGAAAAUUGGAGAAACCAUUAAAGUCGAAUGAUUAGACAUGUCACAUGUGUAAGUGUAAAUAAAUAUAACAAUAAUUUCAUGCGAUUGUUUACGCAUUUCCACAAAAGAAAAACACAUUUUCCCCAACUCCUUAAAUCGAGACGCUCAUUUGUAUGUCACAGUUGUUAGUAUUAUGAUGUUGAUAGACUGAGAAAAAAAGAAAGAAAGAAAGAAGGAAAAUAUAAAAUCAUUAUGUUGAAUCCAAUCCAAUCCCAUUCUGAUGUGUAUAUGUCAAUUAUUAUCCAAGCAGAGACACUACUGUGGACAAUGAUGAUGAAAAAACAUAUUUAAUCAAGAACGGCUCAAGAAUAAUCUAAACUCAAUAAAAAGGAAAAGUCAUCGUAUUUAUAAAAAAGGAAAUAAAAUUUCGUAAAUAAAACUACUUUUAGGACAGCACAAUAUGAUUGAUGAACAUAGAUUAGAGGAAUGACAUGUAUGUAGAUGACAAUGGGAAAAAUAUGAAUUGAAAAUAAAUAAGACAGGAAACAACUCAUGGUUUAUAAUUUAUGUCAUGUCAGAUCAAAAUAAGAAAAAAAAUGAGAUAAGAAAAAGUUUUAAAAUGUAUUAUAAAGUUUUCUUAUAUAAUAAGCUAAAAUAAUAUCCAAACGAAUGAUUAUGGGCAUUGAAAGAGCAUUCAGGAAAAUAUGUCACUCAAACGGACAACUUUUGGUCACACGUUUCAUUGAUUGUUCUCGAUUCUCUAAAGAAAAUUAUCUAUUCGACAAAUGAUCUGCAAUAAUCAGAAAAAGAAACAUUUAAAUAAAUAAUUCAAAUUUAAAAGUCAACAUAGAUAAAUUCUAAACAGUUAAAAGAUUUAACAAAAUUAGGACAAAUUGACAAACUUUAAAAGAAAACCUUUUUCUUACAAAUAAGAACUUGACUUUUUCUUAUUUUUCUCACUCUUCAAAUGAACGUCAAACCAAAGAUAAUUGAAAAAAAACGAAAGCACCAUCUGCAUAUUUAAUGAAAGUAAAGUUUUGCCAUUAGCACUUUAGGAAACAUUUACAAAUCCACUUGCUGAAAAUUAAAAAAAAUUUGAAUGAAUGAAAGGAAAAUCAGAAUGAAUCAUCAGAGAUUAAAUUUUCUUUCUGCACAGGUAGUGUGACUCAUAGAGUUUUAAAGAAAAGAAUGAAAGAAAAUAAUGUAUAUACACAGGGUACUAUAAUAAAGUAAAAAAUCGAUUGGAAAAUUUCCAUUUUAAAUGCUUUUUAUUCAGAAGUUAGAAAGAAAGAAAAAUAAAAUCAUUGAUAAGAAUCUGCAUAGACAGCGGUUA